AAAAAAUAAUUAUCGUGUAAGGCUACAAGGCAACGAUCUCUUUUCGACGCUCCGUUCUCUGAAGGGCUAGGACGCGUAUACAGCGAAAAGGUUGAGAGAGAAACCCUAGAUUUAUUCCGACUUCAAUGGCUAACGACGCUACUCACCGGAAGCACCGCCGAUCUGCUUCCGAUGAGGAGGAGGAGAAGUCCUCGAAGCGUCAUAAGCAUCGUCAUCAUCGCCGCCACCACCACAGACAUCGUCACGGUAGCAAUAAGAACGAAGAAGAAAGCUAUCGUGACCAGGACGAUUGUGUUCCUCCUGUUGCUAACCGUAGAUCUCGGCUUGAAGAUGAUGUGGAGGAAGGGGAAAUUCUGGAAGAGGAUGAGUCUGGCGCUCGCGAGAACGAGAGUGCGAUGAAGGAGGCGGAUGUGGAAUAUGGGGAAAUUGAAGCUGAUGGAAAUUCUGAUAGAGCUGAUCGGUCCAUUGUGGAGCGUUAUUCGGUGGAUGAAUCAUCAAAUACCGAGGCAAAUUUAACAGUGAAAAAGGGAGCCGGAAUCUGUCCUCAAGAUCAGAAGAUUUUGAAAGAGAAGAAUAAGUUAUUUAAUUUAGUAGACAAAGAUGGCUAUUAUCUAAAAAAAGACUUAGGGGAGGAAAACACGACUUUCUACCAAACUAACAGUGGCCAUAAACAUGGCAAUGACAUUAGCUUUUCCAGAAGUGAAGUGACUGGAACUAAAUACGGCGAUCUUGAACCCUGUCUAGAGGGUCGUAACAAAAGUGAAUUUGAUCAAGGAUCUCUUGAGUUAGAUGAGAGUCGCCACAAAAAAAUGUCAUCUUUUUCCAAAGGUGGCAGUAUGAAAAUAAGCGACAUGGACAAUAAAAAAGUGGUAACAGACAGAAGCACCUUGGGGAAUUCAAAAAGGCCACAGUUGGAAAGGGCUGAAGACAAGUCCCAGGAUUUUACGCCAUCAACAUCUCAUGAUCGAUUCAUUGAUGCAUCAGAUUGUAGGAGUAGAUCAACGUCAAAUUCUCACUUCAGGGGGCAAUCUCAGUCUCGUGAAACAGCAGAAGAGGAGGUGGAAUCCAAGAGGAGUCAUCAUCGUGGUUCAGAUCGUUUGGGAUUUGAUGAGUAUGCUAGGGGAGAGGGAAGGCAUCGAAGCAGGGAUACAAAGGACAGAGGGAGAAGUAAGAUAGAGGUGGAUAGGGACUGGUCAAAGGAAAAAGAACGCGAAAAAAGCAAAGAUAAAGAUAUUGAGAGAGAUAAGCACAAGUAUGAUGAAAGAGAAAGAGGAAGGAGUAGGGAUGGAAGAAAGGAGGUAGAACGAAAUAGGAGUAGGGAAAGAGAAUUGGGUAGAGAUAGGAGGAGGGAAAAGGAUGUGGAAAGAGACAGGAGAGUGAAGGAAAGGGAUCGUAGUAGGGAAAGGGAGGCAGAAAGAGAUAGAAGAGUGGAUAAGGAAAGAGAUUGGAGUAGGGAAAGAGAGGUAGAGAGGGAUAGAAGAGCAGAGAAGGAAAGAUGUAGGAGCACAGAUAGAGAGGGUAAUAGGGAUAGAAGAAGAGAAAGGGAAAAAGAUAGGAGCAAGGACAAAGAAGUGGACUGGGAUGGGAGAAGGGAUAGGGACAGAGCUCGGAAUGAUGAUAAGGAGGCCGAAUAUAGUGAUAGAAACAGAGACAAGGAAAGGGUGAGGGAGAUGUCAAGGGACCGGUUCAGGGACAAAGAAUCAGAUAGAGAGAGACGAGAUGAUAGAAAUAAAAAUAAAGCCAGUGAUAUUUUAAGUAGUAAGGAUAAGUAUGGGAACCUUGAACAUGGCUAUACUAAAGUUUCUAGUAAGCAGUCUAGACGUUAUGAGAAUGAAUCUGGUCAGAAUGGAGGAAGAAAUGCUUAUGAAAAGCAUGGUAGUUUUAAGAAAAAUGCUCUUGAAGGAGGUGAAGGCAAUCUAAUGAGUGAUCACGAUGAAGAGGAAGAGGAUGAGGACAACAUGUCAUUUCAAUUUGCUGAUCAAGAAGAGGAGUACCUUAACAGAAUCAAGGAGGAGAGUAGAAGGAGGAGUCAAGCAAUCUUAGAAAAAUACAAGUGUCAGCAGUUAGAGAAACAAGUAAAGCCUUCUUUGAAGGAAUCCGAGAAAGAUAAGGAUUCCACAGAUGAUUCUUCUCAAUCAGAAGCUGGUGCUCAUGCUAUUCCAGACUUGGUUGAUGGAGUGGUGGAUGAUAGUGUUGCUGACUCAUCUUUUGUUGUGGAAAAAUCACCACAACAAAAUGGAAUAGCUGCGUCGGAUAAAACUGUUGGUACCAAAGGACUUGGAGAGGGUACUCCAAAGGCUGAGGGGUCAGAUGGAAUAUUCUGUGACGAUAUUUUUGGAGAAACACCUGCUGCAGUUCGUAAAAUGGGCAAAGGAGAUGGUUUGCGUAUAGAGAGGAGUGGUCUUCAUGACAAUUGGGACGAUGCAGAUGGAUAUUAUAACUAUCGAUUUGGUGAAGUCCUUGAUGGUCGGUAUGAAAUUGCUGCUGCUCAUGGCAAAGGUGUCUUUUCAACUGUAGUCCGUGCCAAGGAUCUCAAAGGUGGUCAUGAUGAACCAGAAGAAGUGGCAAUCAAAAUUUUGCGUAGUAAUGAAACAAUGUACAAGGCUGGUUUGGAGGAGUUGGUCAUAUUGAAAAAGCUAGUCUUGAAGAAAUUUGGGCGCAAUAUUGGCCUUAAGCUAACUGCUGUGAGGGCAUACGCUAAGCAGCUUUUUAUUGCCCUGAAGCAUUUGAGAAAUUGUGGUGUUCUACAUUGCGACAUAAAGCCGGAUAAUAUGCUGGUCAAUGAGGGCAAAAAUGUGCUGAAGCUUUGUGAUUUUGGCAAUGCCAUGUUUGCUGGUAAAAAUGAAAUUACCCCAUACCUUGUUAGCCGGUUUUAUCGUGCCCCUGAAAUAAUUUUAGGGCUGCCGUAUGACCAUCCAAUGGAUAUCUGGUCUGUGGGUUGCUGUUUGUACGAGCUGUCUACAGGAAAAGUCCUUUUUCCAGGUCCUUCUAACAAUGACAUGCUGCGCCUGCACAUGGAAUUAAAGGGCCCUUUUCCAAAGAAGAUGCUCCGCAAGGGAGCAUUUACUGACCAACAUUUUGACCAGGACCUGAACUUCCAUGCUUCUGAGGAGGAUCCUGUUACCAAAAAGACCAUAAAGCGAAUAAUAGUCAAUAUAAAGCCUAAAGAUAUUGGAUCAAUUAUUAGGGGAUCUCCUGGUGAAGAUCCAAAGAUGUUAGCCAAUUUUAAGGAUCUUCUUGACAAAAUUUUUGUAUUGGAUCCAGAAAAAAGGAUGACAGUAUCACAAGCAUUGAACCAUCCGUUCAUCACUGUCUUAUUUGUGAUGACCUAAGCUUCUGGCACAAUUAUGGGAUGAUUGAAUUCAGAAGGGGUCAUAUUGGUCAGGAGUGGCGGGUUCUUUCAGUGGAAUGUACUGUUUCUAUUGAUGCCUGCUUCUGCUCUGAGAGAACCUUCCAGUGCUUAAGUGAUUUAGAGGCACUCAGAAGAAGGCACUAGCAUUGGAGAGCUGUGGUACCAUGUGAAGUAGUGUUGCAGGCAAACUUCCCAUCAUCCCCAUUCUCUUGUAAGUAUUUCCAAUUCCAUACAACUCCAUUGGCAUAGUUUUCUUCUUUGUAUUAUUUCUUAGAAAGAACACAGCGAUUCAAGUUUAUGAAAGUAUCAAGGAUAAACUCUAGGAUAUCUUAAAUACUUGUCGUGUGCACAAUAAUUUGAUGAUAAAAAUGAAUGCAUCAAACUAGCAGAGCUCCUGAUCUGAAAAGCAAAGCAAAAAUAAAAAUAUAUGCAUCUUAUUUCAGUCUGAGAUCCCUAUGGAAGUUUAAUAUCACGACUUUUGUAUCAAUAUUGUUGCAGGUCUUGGACAUAUAUAAGAGUGUCUUACUUUUAUCAUUGAGGUGUUGCAAUGAUUUAAUUUUCAAUUAUAUUUCUUCCGUGGAUUUAUCAUAAAAUAAGGUUAGGAUGAAGAGCAUCAACCCAAAUGUUGCGGAGUACUGGUGAUACAAAUGUUGUGAUGAGGAUACAUUCUUUAGUAUUUUAUAAAAAUUUCUAUGCAAAUGCUUAUCAUAAGUUGAUUUCUCUGCCAUGAAAAUUAGUUGGUUAAAGGAAAUAAUUCUACUCCAUUCUUGAUCAAAUAUAUAUACAAUGGAAACGGUGAUUUCUUUUGCUACAAUAAUUCUUAUACGUUUAAUCAUAGAAUGCAAUCUAUUUUGUACUCAGGUGCUAAGAAGCUUGAGCUUGUACUUGAGACGUAGAGUUUUGAUUUUGAAGUAGGUCAUUAUCAUUUAAAAAUACUAUAGUAAAUAAUGAAUAGAAUAUUACUUUUGAUGUAAAGGCCAUACUAAAUAUGGGAUUUUGAGAUGUUUAACAUUUCGGUAGAUUGAAAAUCAAAUGACCUUGUGACCAACUGUAUAUGCCUUUGUAUCUGUUUUAUAAAGUGUUGGAUUGUGAAGUAUUCUGUUUCUUGCUUGUCUUUCUAGUUGUCGUUUGUACUCGUCAUUUUUCAUGAUAUGGCCAGGAAAUUUUUACGUCUAGUUUAUUUCACUCUUUGGUCUACUUAUGCAGAUUAGAUUUAAGUUCGCAUAUUUGAUUCUCCUCUAUUGUUCAUCAUAUUAGAUGUUGCUUUCCCAUUCACUAGUAAUUCUAAAGAGAGAUGAGGAAUGAAGCCAAUAUACUGCAUUAAUUACUCAUGUGAGCCUUUCUUGGAACUCGAUGGGUUAGAAGCCAAUAUACUGCAUUAAUUACUCAUCUUAUGUUUUCAAUUCUCUCAUCCAUGUCUUGUGUGUCCAUAAGUAAUUCUUGGAAGUGAUUGAAGUUAUUUCCCCCAUACCNCCCCCCCCCCCCCCCCUCCUCCUCCCACACACGCACUAUUGUUAGGUUUACACGUGUAGUUUAAGAUGAUCUCAAGGUUUCAGAGAUGUCCAUUCCGGUGCUUUUUCAGGACUACUACAAUCUUAUUCUUAUAUCAAAUUCUAUGUGAAAUCCUCAAAUUAAUACUUGUUGAAGAUAUAAUUUGAUAAACAGGUCUUGCUUUCAUUUGGAUUUAUUUGCAGAAUAUCUGGAUAUGAUUAUGUUAAUUCACGUUCUUUCACAUUUGGUCAAUAGUUAUGAUUUUCAAGUUGUCCAUGUUCUGAGCUUUUCGGGGAAAUUUUGUUGAACCUAGAGAUAUGAUUAUGUUAAUUCACGUUCUUUGCUCGUGAAGUCCCAGUGAAAAUAAAUUUUCAGAAGCAAGAGGCUGAUGCAACUUUUCCAGGCGUUGUCUCGGUCAGUUUCUAUGCAUCAGGAUUGACCUUGUCUCUGGUGAUUUUAGUUGAUCUAGAUGAUCUAGAGAGUAGUGUGUACUAAUCUCAUGUGAAUAAACUCAUUAUUCCGGAAACGGUACAAUUCUCGGACGAGCUUGGAAAAUUGGAUGGGUUAUUUAAUCAUGAUUCAUUUUGCUAAUCUUAAUGGUUGUGCUGUAUUUUCCAGGUCUACUAACAGCGUUAAGGGUGUGCAUGGUCCGGUUUUGGGUUGAACCUAGAGAACGAUCCAAACCUAUCGGUUUCCAACAUGAUUAAAUCUACGAAGCUGAGUGAUUACUUGGUUUUGGUUUUCUACAAAACCAAUUUUCCAUUAUAGGUGAUCAUAGUCAUUUGAAAAUGCUACGCCCUGUUGGAUGGAUACGAAGAGGAAUACAUAUCUUCAAUCAUUUUAGUGCAUUUAAUGCAAUCUAAUUCCUGUACAUUGCCGCUAUUUGCUUGGGGAGGAAGUCAAUCUGAUGGAUUUCCCCUCGUCGUCAAUAGCAUGGGCCCCCUCAUAUUUCAGGUCUUUGGCAAUCUUUUGUGCUUUGGUGGUUCUAAAGCAAGGCAAUAUCUACGAAAUAGCUAUUAUGCUUU